AGAACUCGCAACGUCGCAACUCACUUGACGCCACUUGACGCGUUGGUUGGAGUUUCGUAUAAAAAUCGAUAUUUCGUCAAAAGUAGCUGAGAAUCUACACGUUUUUCUCCAAUAAUCAAGACCUGUCUGGAUGACAAUGGCAUACCGUGACAGAGAACGCGGGGGUGACAGACGAGGUGGUGGAGGACGAGGAGGUGGUGGCGGUAGAUUCGGCAAUCGUGACGGUGGCGAAGGUGGAGGAGCCGGCGGAAGAAGAUUCGGUGGCGGCGGCGGAGGUGGUGGUGGCGGUAGAGGCGGUGGAAUGGGAAAUCGAGGAGACGGAGGUUUUGGCAACAAAAAUAGUCAACAUGGUUACAAUUUGCGCAAGCCGCGAUGGGAUAUGAGUACCUUGGAACCAUUCAGCAAAUCCUUCUACAAUCCACACCCGAAUGUCGUGAAUCGGACUGUGAACUCGGUGGAGGCCUACCGAUCUGACAAAGAGGUCACCGUCAAAGGCUCCAACAUUCCCAGUCCCAACAUUUACUUUGAGGAGGGCGGUUUUCCCGACUACGUGCUCAGUGAAAUUCGCCGACAAGGAUUCGACGCACCGACCGCUAUUCAAGCUCAGGGUUGGCCCAUCGCCCUCUCCGGCCGGGACAUGGUUGGCAUCGCACAAACGGGAUCUGGAAAGACCUUGGCCUACAUUCUUCCAGCGAUUGUCCACAUUAACAAUCAGCCUCGUCUGCAGAGAAACGACGGACCGAUUGCACUUGUCCUGGCACCAACGAGAGAACUCGCACAGCAGAUUCAGCAAGUGGCGGCAGACUUUGGCACCUCGUCACAGGUGAGAAACACAUGUAUAUUCGGAGGCGCGCCGAAAGGACCACAAGCACGAGACCUGGAGCGCGGUGUGGAAAUUUGCAUCGCAACACCCGGUCGAUUGAUCGACUUCCUCGAGCGGGGCACCACGAAUCUCCGUCGUUGCACUUAUCUCGUGCUGGACGAGGCCGACCGCAUGCUCGACAUGGGCUUCGAGCCUCAAAUUCGCAAAAUCAUCGAACAGAUUCGCCCCGACAGACAGACACUUAUGUGGUCGGCGACCUGGCCAAAGGAGGUGCGAAAUCUCGCCGAAGAAUUCCUCACGGACUACAUUCAGAUUAAUGUCGGUUCCCUCACCCUUUCCGCCAAUCACAAUAUUCUCCAGAUCGUUGAUGUUUGCGAGGAGUACGAGAAGGAGGGAAAACUGAUGAAGUUGUUGGAGGAAAUCUCGAAUGAGCCAGAGAACAAGACAAUUAUCUUUGUCGAGACCAAGAGGAAAGUCGACGACAUUACGAGAGCGAUUAAUAGGUGUGGAUGGCAGGCAAUCGGCAUUCAUGGAGACAAGAGUCAACAGGAACGAGACUACGUUUUAAAUCAAUUCCGAAGUAGCAGAUCUGCUAUUUUAGUAGCGACUGACGUUGCAGCGCGGGGUUUAGAUGUUGAAGACGUAAAAUUUGUUAUAAACUUGGACUACCCGUCCAACUCGGAAGACUAUGUCCACCGGAUUGGGAGAACUGGUCGCUCACAGCGAACCGGCACUGCCUAUGCUUUCUUCACACCUGGAAACGCCCACAAGGCAAACGACCUGAUUCAGGUCCUUGAGGAAGCUAAACAAGUGGUUAAUCCCAAGUUGUACGAAUUGGCGAGAAAUCCAGGAGUUUACAAACGUGGACGAUUUGGUGGUGGAGGUGGUCGUGGAGGUGGUCGAGGUGGCGGCCGUGGUGGCGGUCGUGGAGGCGGCCGAGGAGGUGGUCGUGACAAUGACAGAGGUGGCCGAUUUGAUCGGGGAGGUGGUGGCGGCGGAGGUGAUCGAGGAAACAAAUGGGGAGGAAACUCCAGUGGUGGAGCGGGAGGAUACGGCGGAAACAAAUCCUUUUCCCAAAAUAGCUACGGUGGAGGAAGUGGUGGAGGAAGCAACACUGGAUACGGACAAAACAAUUACAGACAACCAAAUGGCUAUUGAGAGCGCAUGUAGUGAAUGAAAACCGAAAUACAAUAAAUAAACAAAAACCGGGAUUGAAAUAUAAUAAUUUUCACCUAAGUUUUAUGCAAUAUAUUAAUACAAUUUUUCGUAUACAUCUGCUAUUACUCUUUGUACAUUUCAAAAGCGAGAGCUUCGUUCUGUUUUAGUACAACACACGACGUUGUAAGUAAAAAUAUUUUCCUUCUAAUUUCUCACUUCGGAAAAAGGAGAAAGACAGUCGUAAAACAAAAGAAAAAGAGAAUAAUAAAUGGAUGAAAAUAUA